AUGACCUCUCUAGAACCCUCAUCCAGCGACUCGUCGCGCGAUGUAUCCCCACAGACCCGGCCCGAGCCCUACGACCCCUUCCAUGCAGACAACGACCCCAUCGAACUUGCCCACCUAUCCAGACCGUCCCUCGACGAUAGCGACACGUAUGGCUCCCGUGGGCGCUCUCCACCCCACGACUCGGAUGAAGGCAUGCGGAAUGGGCUACAUCCCCGGUCAGUGUUCGGGUUUGCACAGAGCAAUGAUCAGUAUGCACCCGUUCAUGGGCGAAACUCUAGUUUGGGGCCCUCUUUACAGUCAAAGAGAGAGUCGUCGUAUACAAUAAACCGCGCGCUAUACAACAGCACGUCGAGAGAUGCCGAUACCCAGGCUAUACUAGACCGGAGAUCGGGCGAAUUAGCUCAAUGGCACAUAUACUGGACCACUCCUGCGAUGAUAAUAUCGCUUUUUCUGGCUGGUUUUGCUGCAGCAGUGGGCCACCAUUUGUUCUAUUCAUAUCUUGACGGAAAACCGGCUACAGCUCAAUUGAAGAUGGUCAGGUACGGCACAGCACUAGCCUUCUUUGUUAAGAGUACGCUCGCGGGGUGCGUCAUCAUGUGCAAUCGUCAACGUAUCUGGUAUACGUUUCGACGGAAAGCCAUGACAAUCAAGGGCAUCGAUGGCUUGUUUUCGGCAACAGAGGAUCCCACGCAAUUUUUCAUGAACUGGGAAAUGACCCGCAAUGGCAAGCUUGCAACAUUGAUGGCCGCUUGCACGUGGUUGAUACCUCUGGCCUCUGUUCUUUCUCCAGCGUCACUUACCUCUCAACUAAGUACCUUGCAUGAGAACGGAACGUGUUCGGUAGCCAGCCUCAACUUUGGCCAGGAAGCAGAUUACGAUUUUCGAGACCAAAAAUCUUUCUACAAGAAAUCUCUGAGCUUUUUCAAUACAACGGAUAUCAGAGCUCAACAGCCUGGUUGGUUUGAUUAUUAUGACCAGCCUUCCAAGACCGCUCGGCGCCUGGCCUUUAGCAGCGUCUACAUGCAGAAGCCACAAUCCCGCGAGAACGCAGCCAUGUCUUUUUGCGGCGAAGGCUGGAACUGCACUUAUUCGAUCAAUUUCUUGGGUCCAGGAUAUAAAUGCGAUGAUCUCAGCGAUGCCGACAAAGCCAAGGCUCCCUUCUCAAUAGACAUACUUGCGCCGAAAGGAAACGUUACCUACUACGCGGAUGUAGAUCAAGGCGAUUAUCAUUACCAGGAUCCGAAAAGCAAAGGCGACAUGUUGGGUGUCAUCCAGAGCGAACCCGAUCUCUGGAUAGGCUACGCAAUCAACACCUACCAGCCAUACGCGCCUGAUUCGCCCUUUUACGAGACAUGGAAAACCGUCCACGAACCAAGAAUGUUCAAAUGCGUCAUGCACUAUACCAACUACACUUUUGAAAUGGACUAUAGCCCCCGACAGAACGCCACACGCAAACAGCGCGACUUCCUUGCUCCAGUCGUUGAUACGACCGUCCAAUGGGACGAGAAACAAAACGACUGGACCGCCUCUCCUGCACAAAACUUCAUCCGGCCCAGCGACGAUGUAGGAAAAUACAAAGUAGCAAGUACCUACCACACGCUAGGCAUGCUCCUCCGCCGCUUCCUCCGCGGCAAAAUCGAAAAAAACAACGUCCUAAUCACCUACACCGAUCUCUCCGAAACCCGCCUCGCAAACAGCACCACAUCGUACCCGCUCGUCGAUCUCAAAACAGAAAUGCAGGACCUCUUCGAAGACAUGAUCAUCACCCUGCUCAGCGACCCCAACCUCGUCGCUGCCGAAACGCAAAACGCGCCCUGUGGGAAAUCUCGCACAAUGAUGGUAUACGUCUACUACAUGCAAUCCCUCUGGAUCGGCUACGCAAUCGUCAUCGCCAUCACCUUCGCCUUUGUCCUCGUCGGCGCAUGGUCCCUGUACAAAAACGGCGUCGCGUCCGAUGUCCUCUUCUCGCGUAUCAUGGUUACAACGCGAAACCCUACUCUCGACCAUCUAAGCGUGGGUGCGUGUCUCGGUGGCGACCCGUUUCCCAAGGAUCUAACAAAGACGAAGCUGCGGUUUGGCGUGUUGCUUGAGGAUGAUCCGAGGGAUGGGCCGUUGGGCAAGGUCGAGCAUUGUUGUUUUGGGACGGUGGGCGAGACAAAGGAGAUUGUUAAGGGGGGCACGUAUGCGGGGUUGAAGGAGUGGAGGGGGGAAGGUGAGAGCGAGGAGAGGUUGAGUGCGGAUGAGAAGGAGCCGCUUCUUUUUGAGCGAGCAUGA